AUGCCGGCCAGCCAGAUCGCCUCCCCUCUGCCCAUUCCUCCCCAGCGGAGGAAUCUGCGCCUGAUGACGGGCCAGGACCUCUACGCCAGCCUCAACGCAUCUCUCGCCUCAACAACGCACCGCCCGGUUACGCCUGUACACAUGAUCCAAGAGAACGACUACAGCGUACCCGCUCCUCCGCCGCCGAGUCCCGUCUCCUUCGCCGCGGAGCACUGGCAAUCAUCGAUCCGCCGCUAG